GCAGAUCGGUUUACCGUUCGGCAGUCGGGCGCGCGAUGGCGGCGUGGGGCUGGCCGCGCUCGAGCAACGGUUACUGGUCCUGCAGCUGUGGCGUGGCGGACAACUACGUUACGCGCAAGAAGUGUCGGGGGUGUGGGGCCCAGGCGCAACGUAAAGGAUCGGCAUACAAGGACGUCAAAGGACCGACGUACAAGGACGUGCUGUUGGGCCCGUCGAAGCGAGAGGCUGCGCUCCAGAAGCAGGUGGGCACCAUGCGGGCGCAGCUUCAGAACCUCAAGAAGCAACAGCACGCCACCCACGAGGAUGAAGACGACGAGAAGCCGGUUGACCUGGACAAGCUCUUCAGGUGGGCGCAGUCGUGCAGAUCCGAGUGGGGAGACCAGUCCACUGAGUACCAGCAGGCGCAGGAGCGUUACAUGCGGGCAAAGGACGCCAAGCAGAGCACGAAACCGCACUCGGUCCAGCUCACCAAGGCACGGGUCGCCAGGGAGAAGCUCGAGAAGGAAGAGGCGGCCAUCCAUGGCGAGGUCAAGCGGCAUCAGAAGGCGAUGCAGGAUGCACAGGAGAAGCUCGCCAAGAAAAGGGAGCAGCCCGAGGUCGCAAAGGCCAAGGAGUCGGAGCUCAAGGUGCAGGACGUCUCCAUCAAGGGAAGCGGCACCAGCAAAGAGGAGCGCGAUCACGUGUUCGCAGCACUCGCCAGGGUGCUGGACAGCGUCAGGGAGGAGCCCAAGGAAGACAAGGACGGCAUGGACACUGAAGAGGCUGGUGAUGCUCCUGCUGGUGCAGCAGCGGGGGCACAGGCGCAGCCAGGAGUGGACAAGCAGGACGCGAGCAGGGACCUCAGCUGUCGCCAGAAGAACAAGAGUGGCUACACGCAGGUGGGGUGCCUGAGGCAUCGCCAGAACAAGUUCGAGAGCAUCACCCUGUGGACGUUUAACGGCUCGGGGUGGGGUACCCUCAAAGAGAGGAUCGAGAACGCAGAAGGGGGCCUGCUGCAGUGUUACGCAGUGCAAGAGCAUCGCCUCACGGGCGACAAGAUCGCGGUCGUGUCGCAGAGCAUGAAGGCGAAGGGGUACCAGUUCGGCGGGGCCGAAGCGAACCCGACGAUAGGCCCAGGUGGAGAAGCAGGCACCUCGGCGGGCGUUGCGGUCGCGGUGCCCAGGUGCAUCGGCAUGACGUACAUGUUCGGCAAGGAGAAGUGGGACUUGUCACCGCGGAACAGCCCGGGGAGGGCUGCAGCGGCAUGGCUAUCGGUCGGCAAGGGAAUCAUCUACGCGACGGUCUACCUGUGGACGGCAGAGGGGAUGUCGUUCAGGAACGCGGAGAUCAUCAACAAGAUGAUAUGCCAAGUGGAAGCGCUCGGCGCGCCGUGGAUAAUCGGGGGCGAUUUCCAAGUGGCGCCUGGGAAGAUGACGGAGGUGGGGAGCGUCAAGAUGGCCAAGGCGCGGGUUGUCGCGUCAGGGGCCAGCUGUGGAACGUGCAGACAUGCGUGCGGCGUGAGCGAGAUCGACUACUUCAUCGUGGCGGACAGCCUCGUCAGCCAGGUGAUGUAUGUCAGCGUGCAGGAGGAGUGGCCGUCGGCGCCCCGCAAGCCAGCGGGGUUAACACUCAGGCUCAAGGCGCAGGAGCGAAUGGUCAGGGUGUUGGAGGAGCCAAAGAAGCUGCCAGAGCUGGGCAUCGGAUGCACCCCGGCGCCGCCGCAGUAUAGAGAGAUCGCGUGCUUCAGGUCGCAGGAGGUGGCCAACCAGGAGUGGAGGCAGUACAUGCAGACGUUGGAGCAGGGGGCCUCCGCAGCACGAGGACUCGAAUGGGCGCCCGACCACCCUGCAGCAGGGCGAGCCGAGGAGCCGACAUGGGGGAUCAAGCCGCUAAGUUUCGGUGGUGCCAACGCGCCGCCAGCCGCCAGGGAAACAGUUUGGUGGAGGUGGCUCGCGAGAACGCUACAGAGCUUGCAAGGGGCAUGCACGAGGCUCAAGACGGCGAGAAAUGGAGACAUUCAGAGGCGCCAACAGGAGGAGGCAAUUGCGCAGGAGCACCAGUUCAUCAUCACGCAUCGGAGGACCAAGCACCUCAACGCAAAGGAGCAGGGCAGGUGGCAGGCCAGGUGCGGACUGCUGGCUGCUGGGCUACUCCGAGGAGCGCAUCAGGAAGCAAAGUUGCAGCAAUGGAUGCAGGAGAGCCAGGGCAAGAUGAAGGAGUACGACCAGAAACUACUCAAGGAGAGGCGAGCACGCUGGGCAGACAGGUUGCAGGAGGCGGCAGCAGGAGCAGCGGGUGGUCUACACAAGCUGAGCAAGGCUGCAUCAGUAUGGAGACCGCGUAGGGCAGGCUCCAUGGGGGACUCGGCGGAUCCCAUCGCGGCAGCUGAGUACACCCUCAACGAGUGGAAAGUGGUCUGGAGGGUCGGCGAGCAGAUCCAGAAGGUGGAGCGGCCGUGGGAGCACGGAGAGCGUGACAAGCUCGAGCCCUUCACAGACCAGGACGUUGACAAGCUUAAGGAGGUAGCGCGCACCUUCAGGAAAAAGACGGGGGUCGGAGUCGACAGGUGGCACCCCUCUAUGCUGCAGGGUGCGUCGGACGAGGCCUACGUCAAGCUGUUGGACUUCUACGUGGGGGUGGAGCGGACGCUGCGCUGGCCCAUCCACAUGGGUACUGUGCUAUUCUUCAUGACCCCGAAGACCUACACCACGGACAGGGUUAUCGGGCUUCUGCCCACCGCCAUCAGGGUGUGGGAGAUUAUGCGAGAGCCGUACAUGGUCGAUUGGGCCAAGAAUAACUAUCGCAGCUGGGAUUGCACGAGCUACGGUAAGGCGGCGGAGGACGCGGCCUGGGAGGUGUUGCUCAGCCACGAGAUGGGCGAUGUCGAUGAGCAGAGCGAGGAGACACAGGCGACGGUCACGGCCGUUUUGGACUUGGUAAAGGCUUUUGAGAAGGUCAGCUUGCACGUGUUGUGGGAAGCGGGAAAGCAGCUCAAGUUCAACGCAGGGGUGCUGGCGGUGGUGUGCUCAUACUUGGCCAUGGCCAGGCGCCUCAUCGUAGGGGACUCAGUGUCCAAUGAGACAGAGACGGUCACCACCAUCACCGCGGGUAGCAAGUACUCGGUAUGUUUCCUGAAGAUGGUCAUACAAUCCACGGUGGAUGGCCUGGUGGUCGAAAGACCGAGGGCGCGCUGGGGGAUGUGCGUGGACGACCUGUGCGUACGGCUGCGACAGCAGCAUAGGCACAUAGUCACGGAGUUCGGAGAGACGAUUGACAGUUGCUUCCGAGGGUCCGAGGGGCUAGGCCUGAAGUUCUCCGUGGGCAGCAAGGGCAAAGGUGCAGUGAUGGCGAGCACCAAGUGGGCGCGAAGGGCCGUGACAGGGCCGAUGCAGGAGCGAGGUCUGCCAGUGGUGAAGGCAUGUCCACACUUGGGGGUCGACGUCGUCACGCGCGGCACGGCGGCGAAGACCAAGAGCGGCAAAAGGCACGCUGUCAUGAAGGUCAGGAGUCGCAGGUUGCUCGCUCUAAAGGGCGGGCGAAAGAUGACCAAGGGUGUUGGCUUGGUGUACAAGUGUGGCCUGACGGGCUCGGAGGGUUUCGUGCUGAACAUGCAGGAGGUGUGCCCCAUGGACAUCGCGGCGAUGGUGCGCAAGGACGUGCAGGCAACCCUCUGGGAGGAAUGGACGCAGGCGGAGGAGUUCAAGAGCCUGAGACCAAUGCCGUUGUUGGCGCCAGCAGUCGCGCAGCUACGUGCACGUGAUUUCCCGAAGCAUGCGAGUAAUGCGGCGAAGAAGGUCUUCGUCGGAGGUGCGUGGGCUAUGGAGAAGCUGUGCAGGUGCAACAUCGUACCCGCGGACAUUUGCCUGGCCUGUGGAGAGGCGGUGGGCACCGAGCAUCAUCGGUACUACAAGUGCCAUGCGCUCAGGAGCCAGAGGUUGCAGGCGCAGGCGGACUGGCAGCACGCGGCGGAGCAGCAGGACACAAACAUGCCGUGGACGCGCGGGCUGGUGAGGUCGCCAGAGGCGGACUGGAAGUUCGUGGGAAUCGAGGAGGACCAGUGCUACGGACAGGUGGUCGACGGUGAGGAGGACUACUUCACAGGCGACAUCGUUUGCGACGGCUCGAAGCUCGGCUACAGCGAUUGGGCGCAGACGGGCUGGGCAGCGAUGUCCCCCAACGACAACGGCACCGCGAAGGUGCAGAUGUGGGGUCCGCUGCCGUGCUCGCUACCGAUCCACAGGAGGGUUAAGAGAGCCGAGAUGUGGGCCUUCCUCAAGGUGCUGGAACGGAUGCUGCCGCCAGGACACGUCUACACGGACCACAAAGGCAUCGUGGAGGGCUUGCAGAGAGGAGAGCGGUGGUGCACGAGCUGGAAGCGCCCACACGCAGACCUGUGGCGAAGGAUCUGGCAUAAGGUGAAGGACCUGGACCUGGACAUCCAUUGCGUGAAGCACGUAAAGGCCCACAGGUCCAAGAGCAGGAUCGGGCAGCUCGAGGGUGAGGACCUGGAGAUUGCGAAGGGCAGCGGCGAGGUGGACCUGCUGGCAAAGGUGGGCGCGGGGAUGGACGCACACUACGGCAAGCACCAAGCGCUGGAGGACCUUGCAGGGCGAGUACGUUGGGCGCUGCAGAACAUUGGUUGGUGGUACCAAAAGAUGGGCGGCACGUGGCCAGGCGCGCCGCCCAAAGAGAAAGGUGUGCCGAGGCGAAGAGUGCCGAAGCCGAUGCUGGCCCUGACCGAGCACGGCGUUGUGGAGAAGGGAGGCUGGCAGGUGUGCAUGAGGUGUGGCUUUCGUGCGGCGUCCAAGCGGAUGCGCCUGAAUAUGUGGCAAGCGGAAUGCGUGCGACCACUCUGGCAGGCAACAGGCACGCGCAGUGCGGGAACAGGCAGCUCGCUGGAGGCCAGCGUAGCCAUCGCAGCGGAGGCCGCAGCUGCAGCAGCACCAGCAGCAGCACGGCCUGGAGAACAACACGAAGUACAUGCUGUGCCUGAGGUGCAGGGCAGGCCGCGUCGUGUGGAAGUCCAUGGCCCGUACGUGGUGUGCGUGGUGUGCGGGGCUCACUCGGCAAGGCGUCGGGCGGGUCUCGGGG